AGUUUCGUAUUGUUUUAAUAAUAGUUUAAAUCUGUCCAGCGAAUAUAUUUUUCUACACGAUGGAGUUCGAAAACGUUUUGAAUCGCCUUGGAAAAUUCGGUUUUUUUCAAAAGAGAGUUUGUGUGAUGCUGUUUUUUGCAGGAAUUCCAAAUGCAUUUCCCAAUAUCAUGUUCACUUAUACACAAUACCAGCCAAAGUUCCAUUGUGCUGUACCACCCACCUUUGGCAACGUUUCAAAGAAUUCCACUGAAUAUGAGCAACUUCUCAACCUGACUGUACCAUGGGAAAGUGAUGGACUUGGUGGAAUGAGGAGAAGUGAAUGCGAGAUGUUCGAUAUGGCUUCCUACAAUCAAACGAACUCCUCGUUUUCCUGGGAACCCAAGAAGAUACCGUGUACCAAUGGUUGGGAAUACGAAAACAUGGAUACGGUUACAUCAGAGUUCGAUUUGGUGUGCAAAGGGUCGUGGAAGCCUCCAUUUGUUAUAACACUUUACAUGAUAGGGAUGGCACUGGCAGCAUUUUCUGGAAUAUUGUCGGAUAAAUUUGGUAGACGACCUGUAUUCCUGUUCUUCACGUUUGGGCAAUUUUUGAUGACCGGUUUGACAGGAUUUUCUUGGAAUUUCGAAUCAUAUGCAAUUUCCACUCUUGUCGUUGGAUUCUUCGGAUUAGUUAAUUACGUCGUUUCCUAUGUUUUUGCCACUGAAAUGAUGGGUGUGAAAAGACAACUAAUGGUUGGAAUGUUGUGUUGUAUCGCUUACAGCGUUGGAUACACCAUGAGUCCUAUCUUGGGAUAUUUUUUUCCGAGCUGGAGAUGGUAUUUGAGGUCCAACGCAAUUCUCGGUCUAUUUUAUCUUCCGCUGCUCUGGUUUUUCCCAGAAUCUCUUCGUUGGUUAAUGGUGAGUGGAAGAGAAAAAGAAGCAAAACAAUUGCUGAAAUAUAUAGCAGAUACGAAUGGAAAGUCUAUUGACGUUGACGAUAUUUACAACGAGUUCAACAUUGCUUUAGAGGAAGCGAAGAGAUCAAAAAGGACAUUAAUGUCGAAGAAACAUAUUGACAUGAAAAAAGAGUCGAAUUAUCUACAUUUACUUAAAAACCCGACGAUGAGAUUGAGAUGUGCUGUGCUGUGUUUAUCUUGGUUUGUCACGAGUUUAGUCUAUUUCGCCAUUUCACUCAACCCUUCUCAAUUGAGUGGAGAUCGGCUGAUGAACAUAUUUCUCUCCGGAAUUGUCGAACUUCCUUCAUUUGUAGUUUCGUUUAUACUGCCUGACAAAAUAGGUCGAAUUAGAACAUUGUUCUUCUUUCUCGUCACAAGUGGAUCUUGUUGUGUUAUUUCCCCUUUUCUCAGAGCAGAUUAUCCAAUUGUUACAACAGUCUUGGUAUUGACCGGAAAGUGUGCAAUUACUGGGGUAUUCAAUGUGGUCUAUCUCUUAGCUUCUGAAAUAUCUCCAACUUUGGUUCGUACAACUUCUUUAGGAGUAGCAUCUGUAUGCGCUCGGAUUGGUGGAAUAACAAUGCCUUAUUUGAUGUUUGUGGGAGAAAAUGAUCAAAUUCGUUACGUUCCGUUCGUUGUCAUGGGAUCAUUAGCCUUGGUAACUGCAGUUUUCAACAUACUCUUCAUGCCUGAAACAGCGGGAGUUCCCAUGCCUAAUACAAUAAAUGAAGCAGUGGAGAACAAAAGGAUAUUCGGAAUAAAUAUAUGCAGGAAGUUUGAAGACACGGAACCCGAAGAGGAGGAAAAAUUGCAACUAGCUUGAAAUAUAUACAUUUAUUUAUAUGAAAAUCACUCCGAUGAGAUUAGAACCAAAUAUAAACGGUUAAGAAAAUCAGAUAAUCAGACUUUUGCGGUUGAUUUUGACGUCGAUUUCCAAAUUUAGUCAUUUCUUUUCAUAUGGUCUCUCAACUGAUUUAAUAUUUAUUUAACAGGAUCGAAAAUACUCGUUAACGGCAAUGUAAUUGUUUAAUUUUACUGAAUGAUAUAUAGUUGUGAAGGGUAUUUGUAAUUUAAAGGAUAAUCAUGACAGCGACAGCGGUUAUCGUGAUGGCAACAUCUCAACGUGUCGUCCAUCUUGGUAAUUGCUUCCAAUUUUCAAUGACGAAUUUGAGAAUGAUUGAUGAGUCAUUUAACGAUCAAACGUAACAGCCGUAUUUAAAUUUUAGUAUCUCAUUAACAAAUACUUUCCACAUUAUUCAUUAUAAAUUUUUGAAAUUGUAAUUAUUAUGAACAUCGUAAACUUAUUACAAUAUUAAUCAUAUGUCUCAGUCGCUACUUUGCGGUAGAAGUGUAUUGGAUAAUUAGUAAAAGAUCAAUGCAUUUUCUCAUGAUUGCUAAAGAUCAGGAAUGGUUAUGGAAUUUUGUAUAAAGACAGAAAUUGUGUAAAAACGUUUUAAAUACAGCAUUACUACAUCUGGUAUGUGUGUAGAAUUUCAACUAACUAUCAUUACUUCUCAUAUAUAUCUUUCUUAAAUUUUAUUCUGUAAUACUUUUUCAUAAAGGCUGUCUUUGACAUAAUAGAACAAUUUUUUUUUGUAAUUCAUUCUUUAUUGGUACGUGGUGAUAUUUACUAAAAGAGGUUUGUAAUACAUUGCACGAGAUAGAAAAUGUGUGUUUCCUAAUAAAUCAAUAUAAAAUCGUA